CCGGCCGGACGGAGCGGGCAGCGGGCACCAUGGAGCCCCCCUCGGCCUCUCCCCGAGCAGGGCGCGGCCCCUGGCAGGAGCUCCUGCUGGCCGUCUCACUCUUAGCCUUCUGGAACCCGCCCACCACUGCCCAAGUCACUGUGGAGUCUGUGCCUCCCAAUGCUGCUGAAGGGAAGGAUGCUCUUCUGCGGGUCCUCAAUCUGCCUGGGGAUACAGCAAGCCUUACCUGGUUCAGAGGGGAAACUGCAUUGCCGACCCAUAAAAUUCUAUUAUAUGUAAUAGACACCAAAGUCACUACCCCGGGGCCUGCAUACAGCGGCAGAGAGACAAUAUACCCCAACGGAUCCCUGCUGUUCCAGAACAUCACCCUGAAUGAUGCCGGAUCCCACAUCCUACAAAUCAUAAACCAAAAAUUUGAAACUGCACUAAUACGGGGACAGCUCCGAGUAUUCCAGCCAGUGUCCCAACCCCUUCUCACUGCCAGCAACACCACAGUCACAGAAGAUGACUCUGUGCUCCUGACCUGCUCCUCAAGUAACACCGGGGUCUCUAUCCAGUGGCUCUUCAAUGGCCAGAUUCUAAUGCUCACGGAUAGGAAGAAGCUGUCCCAGGACAACAGCACCCUCACCAUAGACCCUGUCAGGAAGGAGGAUGCCGGGAAAUACGAGUGUGAGGUCUCCAAUCCGGUCAGUUUCCACAAAAGUGACCCUGUCAGGCUGGAUGUGGAAGAGUCAAUGUCCCAACCCCUUCUCACUGCCAGCAACACCACAGUCACAGAAGAUGACUCUGUGGUCCUGACCUGCUCCUCAAGUAACACUGGGGUCUCUAUCCAGUGGCUCUUCAAUGGCCAGAUUCUAAUGCUCACGGAUAGGAAGAAGCUGUCCCAGGACAACAGCACCCUCACCAUAGACCCUGUCAGGAAGGAGGAUGCUGGGAAAUACGAGUGUGAGGUCUUCAAUCCGGUCAGGUUUCGCAAAAGUGACCCUGUCAGGCUGGAUGUGGAAGACAAAAGAAACAGCACAGGCCUCCGUUUGGGGUCCAUCAUUGGCAUUGCACUCGGGGUUCUGCUCGGACUAGCACUCGUGGCUGCCCUGGGGUGUCUCCUGCUCCACACAAGGAGUGGAAGGGUCAGUGCCUGUCGUGAUCUCAAACUCCGGAGCCCAGCAUCCACCCCCGGCCAUGGUGCAGCCAGCAGGUGCACAUACCCGGACUCCCUGCCCAGCUCCACAGCAGCAGUUCCUAUGUACCAGGAAUUACAACACCCUGAGAAAAACAUUUACUGCCAGAUCAACCACAAAGCAGAAGUGGCUUCCUAAUUACCUCAUGGCACUUCU